AUGGGUACCGGAAAGAAGAAAAUUGACAUAGAGCCGAUCACCGACUAUCAGUCUCGCAUGGUGGCCUUCACCAGGAGACGAACGGGUCUCUUCAAAAAAGCCCAGAAGCUCGAAGAAAUGUCUGGUUCAUCCAUCGCCAUUGUUGUGAUCUCCGAGACCGGUCAACCUUACCUCCAUGGCUCUCCUUCCUUGCUUGAACGAGUUCUUGCCUCCAAAGCCUCUUCCUCCACAGUUACUGGCUCUUCCACCACCACAGCUGACACUGGCUCUUCCACCACCACCGCCACUACAGGAUCUUUAGAAAGAUUUAAGGCUCGGGUGAACUCUCAGAUUGAAGCUUGUGCCACUCUGGAAGAAGCAGAGAGUUUGAAAAGGAAAUUGUUGGAAAUCAAAAGGAGGGCGGACGAUAAAGUUUCUGGUAAGUGA